AUAUAUAUGGUGUCUGUUUGCCAAGCUCUGAUUCACACUCGGUUGUACAUCACGUCCUUGAAACAGUUCAAUUCAACACUCGUCUAGCUGAAGUUAUAUCAACCUGAUCUGCUAUACAGGGAAAUUAUGGGUUUUCUCUGCCUUCUCCUCUCUCUGACUGCUUUACAAGUGGAGGGUUUCAGUGGGGGAGGAUCUUCCAUUGCUUCUCAGUGUGGCUCAAUGCUACCUGGUAAUAGUUUUCAUGGCAGCACAGGGCAGAGCUCUUCUUCACCAUACACUGUCACUGUCAACCAGACCACCUACCAGCCAGGAGACACCAUCAAAGUGACUCUGUCAGGAACCUUCAACUAUAAAGGGUUUCUUCUGGAGGCCCAUGAGGAAGGACUGAACAAGGCUGUGGGAACAUUCUCUCUCGGCAGUGGGACUGGGAUCAUUCUUGUGCCUUGCAAUGGGAUCGCAGCCUCUGGGGUGAGUCAAAGCAUCAAUCUACCUAGAUCAUCAGUAACAGUCACCUGGACAGCACCAUCCACAUCCUCAUUGGGCAACAUCAUAGUCAAGAAACCAUAAGAAGCACCAACAAUGAAUUUGGAAAGCGCUUGGUUCUCCACAUCAUUCCUUGGCAUGACCAGCGUCGCACCAACGUUGUUGCAGAACUUCAAACCUUCAUCGAAACUCCCCAGCACUCCAUUGGACACUAAAUAUUUGUCCCCUGCCUUCUGGAAGACCCUGAAGCUUGCAGCUUGAAAUAAAUCAUGUCAUUCUUUCUGUUAGUCAUACCGACCGAUUUCCUUGUUGAAUGUGGAUGUAAAUGUGAAACACACUGAGUGUACAGAACAUUAGGAACUCCUGCUCUUUCCAUGAUAUAGACUGACCAGGUGAAUCCAGGUGAAAGCUAUGAUCAAAUAAAUGAAUGGGAGGUGACAGGUUAAAGAAUAACAGGUUAAAGAAUAAUUUGAGACAUGGAUUGUGUAUGUGUGCCAUUCAGAAGGUGAAUAGUCAAGACAAACAAUUUAAGUGCCUUUGAACGGAGUAUGGUAGUAGGUGCCAGGCACACUGGUUUGAGUGUGUCAAUAAC